CCCUGUGGCUGCCCGGCGAGGCGGAAGCGGAAGCCGGAAGCGCAGUCCAGGGAGCGAUGGCAGCCGGUGGCGGUCUGAGCCGCUCGGAGCGCAAGGCGGCUGAGCGGGUCCGGAGGCUGCGAGAGGAGCAGCAGCGGGAGCGCCUGCGCCAGGUGUCACGCAUCCUGAGGAAGGCGGCUGCAGAGCGCAGCGCGGAGGAGGGCCGGCUCCUGGCCGAGAGCGAGGAUCUGGUGACCGAGCUGCAGGGUCGGAGCCGGAGGCGAGAGGGCCUCAAGCGGCGCCAAGAGGAGGUGUGUGAUGACCCGGAGGAGCUGCGGAGGAAGGUCCGGGAACUGGCCGGAGCUGUCCGGAAUGCCAAACACUUGGUGGUCUACACAGGCGCUGGGAUCAGCACGGCAGCUUCUAUCCCCGAUUAUCGAGGCCCUAAUGGAGUGUGGACAUUGCUUCAGAAAGGAAGAAGUGUGAGUGCUGCUGACCUAAGUGACGCGGAGCCCACCCUCACCCACAUGAGCAUCACCCGUCUGCAUGAGCAAAAGCUGGUGCAGCAUGUGGUGUCUCAGAACUGCGAUGGCCUCCACCUGCGCAGUGGGCUUCCACGAACCGCCAUCUCGGAGCUCCAUGGGAAUAUGUAUAUUGAAGUCUGCACCUCCUGCAUCCCUAACAGGGAGUACGUACGAGUGUUUGACGUGACGGAGCGCACUGCCCUUCACCGGCACCAGACUGGCCGGACCUGCCAUAAGUGUGGGACUCAGCUCCGGGAUACCAUUGUGCACUUUGGGGAGAGGGGGACAUUAGGGCAGCCUCUGAACUGGGAGGCAGCGACCGAGGCUGCUAGCAAAGCAGACACAAUCCUGUGUUUAGGGUCCAGCUUGAAGGUACUGAAGAAGUACCCCCGCCUCUGGUGCAUGACGAAGCCUCCAAGCCGGCGGCCCAAACUCUACAUUGUGAACCUGCAGUGGACCCCGAAGGAUGACUGGGCCGCACUGAAGCUUCAUGGGAAAUGUGAUGACGUGAUGCAGCUCCUCAUGGAUGAGCUAGGCCUGGAGAUCCCUGUGUACAGCCGGUGGCAAGACCCCAUUUUCUCCCUGGCCACUCCCCUCCGCCCUGGUGAAGAAGGCAGCCACAGUAGGAAGUCACUGAGCAGAAGCAGAGAAGCCGCCCCCCCUGGGGACCAGAAUGCACCACUUAGCCCAGCGCCCCCCAUCCUAGGAGGCUGGUUUGGCAGGGGGUGCGCGAAGCGUGCAAAAAGGAAGAAAGCAGCAUAGCCAGGUGUUGACAAAGAGCGACUGGCCAGCACUUUGCAGAUGAUGUUGACGCUUGUUCAGGGGCCUAUGUCACCGUGAAGGCUACAGUGCCCCCACAGGACCUAGUGGGAAGAACUCUCGGGGGUGGCAUUUCACGGUGAUGUUCCUUAGCCAUUUGUCCUUGUGGGAAGCCUCUCUUGCACUGUUGUGACUGCCCCAAUAUGGGCUCAACUUUCAAGGACACCUCCUCCCAUUCCCCUUUGUACAAAGGCAGUAAGGCCUUUGUGAAAACAGCUCUUUCCCGGCCUGGCCAGCAGAGGAGCCCACCACUGCCUUACCUCACUCUCCAGGCUAGUCUCAGGGCCUCCCUAUUUCUACUACUUAUUACUAAAAGCGUUCACUUUAUAAAACCUUUUUCUGUGUUGGGUAUGCGGCACAGGGGCGGAUCUAAGCCUCCAGUCUGAGCAAGUCUUAUUAUUAAAACAUCUCUCUCCUGUC